GGGAACCUGUAUUGAAACAAGAGACUCAAUGACUGCUGAGAGGAAGGAGACAGUUGAUGAGCCCGAAGCAGGUUAGAAUUUUAGCAAUAUAAAUUGAAGGUCUAGUGUUUGAUGAUAGUAAUCUGCAAUAUACCAGAAUGAUUCCCCCCUCCAAAGCUUUUGAACUUAAAUUAGUCUAAAUUUGUUGUCACUUUUAAAGUAAUUUUUUUUCCUUGGCAUCUGUCGUUGUUCAAAGCAGUGUUGAUCAGCAGGCGCGUGCUGUCUAUACAUUGCACUUAACAUAUUUUUGUUUUUCAAUUUCAGCAAGCAGUGAUCAGCCUAGACAUGCAACAAGUGAUUUUGACAUGGGGAAGACCAGCAGUGAAAUAGGACACCAAAGACCUGAACAGAAGCUCCCAGAAGAGGAAACCAUCAUUGAAAGAAGUGCAGAGAGGAAUACGCCAGUGGAGGUGCCUGGAAUAGAACUGCGUGAUCAACCCAAACAGCCAUCGACAGAAGUAAGUGAUGCCUUUGGGAUCAGCACUGAACCAAGUGAACCUGGGCCUUCAGAGAGAAAGCAGCCAACCAAAACGCCUGCACAGGAUCAAAUCAAGAAAGAACUUAGCAGAAUAAAUUCAGAAAUUUUGUACAUAAUGAACAUUAAAUCAUCAUGUGGAUUGAGUACAGACCUGAAAAAAACCCUAAAAAGUAGUGAAAAAGAAAAAGAAGAACUAGAAAAGAAGUUAAAAAGAAAGUUGACUGAUGCCAAAGCACAGGCAACUGCAAGGAGGAAAAAGGUGGCAAAACUUGAAAGUUUAUUGAAUGAGGCAGGGGAGAAAAUCAAACAUACACAUGGGAAACCUAGACUGGAAGAGAAUAUGGAGGGCCUUGCAGAAGCAAUAUAUAGUAUUGUUGUGCCGGAAGGGGCUGCUGAUGAGCGCCGAAGGACAGAAACGAUGAACACCAUAAAAACUUUAGAUGAUUUAAAAGGUGCUUUAGAAGAGAGAGGUUACAUCUUGUCGCGUUCUGCACUGUAUUAUAGGCUCAUUCCUGCAAAUGUCAGGAGCAUCGAUGGUAAACAUCAUUUUAGCACGGUCAAUAUUAAACUUUGUCGACCACAAAAUAAUCAAAGAAAGCCUCAUGUUGAUGGCCACUUUGCCACAGCCAGUGUUAAAUAUGUAAAGGAGUUGGCUAGUUUGUUUGGUGGGGACAACGUCUUUUUUUUGGUCUCAAGACGACAAGGCUAGAGUGCCUAUUGGACUGCCAAUAAGCAAAAAGCAGUCGUUGAUGCUAAUGCAUUUGCACUAUAAAGUGUCUCUCCCUGAUCAUGACUUUCCGAUCGGGGAGAAUCACAAACUCAUUCCUUCCGUCUAUGCCUGUUGUUUGCCAGGCAAAGACGGAAAUAUUGGGUAUAGCGGGCCCACAUACGUGGCUAUUCGCAGCGCCAAGCACAACAAAAGUUCUG